AUGAGUUUUAGAAUAUCCAUCUCUCCUUAAAGAAAACGUAGCAGCACAGGAAUGCCAUAAUCUGCUCGACCCAUGAAAUCAUCUCUGAAUUCGACUCUUGUUAAUGUUGUGGAAGAAAUUAAGAACAUGAUGAAACAGCUCACUCCUUAGUUUCAGAACCUUUUAAAUUAAUUAAUCAAAAUAGCAUUUGAUCUGGAAAAAUAAAAUACAAAAUUUUCUAAUGCUCUCCAAUCAUACAAGGCAUCUAGCAUUUAAAAUGGAGAUCUAAUUCAAAAGGAACCGUCGUCUCAUCAAGAUAGGAAUAAAUCUAAAGACUGCAGUCCAAUAAAGAGAGAGUGCUAAUCUAAAAACAUAGAAAUGACAUCCAGCAGCAGAUUAGAUCCGACUCCCAAAUAAAAAUUUUUAAUCCGAAGAAGUUCCCUAGAUGUAGAUUAAUAAGUGUCAAAAGAUCAAUUAAGAAAAAUUAGUUAAGAAGCCAUAGAUCAGAAUUUUAUAAUUAAUUUACUAGAUUUUAAGCCAUCCAAUUUAAAAUCUAUGUCAUAUAAAAAAUUAAUUUAGAUCUUUACUCUUAAUGAAAAAGACUUAUAUCAAUACUUAUAGAAAAUAGAAUAUUAAGGUAUUUAUCAUGUUGUUCAAAUGAUAGAGUAUUUAUUGUACCUUUUUGAACCACUCAAAUUUGCUAAGGAUUUAUCAGAGAAGUGCAUUAUUUAUAUUGAAAAACUAAAGAAAAUUAUAAAACUAUCUAUUGAAAUACAAUAGUUUACACCAUCUCAAACAUUUGAAAGCUAUUAGAAAUUGCUUUUAGAAUUAUUCGAAUGCGAUCGAGCAUAAGUUUAUUUAUACGACUCGAAAUUUCACAUAUUUUGGACUAAAGGCUAAGAUGGUUAAUAAAAAGCUUAUUAUCCAUUCAAAGGCAUUUUAGGGUUUGUAACUAAGUAAGGUCAAAUUUUAAAUAUAAAUGACGUUUAUUAAGAUGUAAGAUUUGAUUAGGAUUACGAUUUAAAGUAAUAGAAUAAAACAAAAUCAAUGCUCGCUUGUCCACUUUAUGAAAAAGAGGAAAUCAUUGGUGUGAUUAUUAUCUCAUCAGUUUAUCAGUAAUUCAAAAGAGAAGAUGAAAUUUUGAUCUAAAUGGUUUCUCAACUGGCUGCUAUACAUUUCUAUUAAUAUGUCUUUUAAGAGUAUAAUACUAAAACUUGUGAAACUUUGCAAUAAAUCUUGAAGUUUUCUUUAAUUUUAUAGUAGUCUGUUGACUAAAAAUAAUUUAUGAUUUUAGCAUAACAAAUACUAUCUAAAACAUACGAGUUAAAAUAAGUAUAGAUUUAUUUUAAAGAUAUGUAAGAUAAAGAAGCUUUAUUCACGUUUGUUGAGCAGCAUAGGAAAAAAGUACCAAAGACUUGUGGGAUCAUUGGUUAUGUUUAUAAAACAGGAUAAUUCUAUGUUUCUGAUUCUUGUUAUAGAGAUAGAUAUUUUAAUAAAUUGGCUGAUAUUGAAACGAACCUUCCUACAAUAACCAUACCUAUUAAGAAUGAGGAUAAAUGUAUGGGUGCCAUACAAUAUAUUGACACUAAAGGCAUUGAUAAUUUUAUUGGAAAACAAUUAAAGAACUACUAAUUGUCUAAUUUGGAUUUGAUUCAAAUAUUUGCAGGAAUGCUAAAUUUUGUAAAUAGUAAAUUGAUUAUAUAAAAAUAUUGA